UCCUCUCACCUCGCUGGCGCUGACAGAGCUCCAGGCUUUAUGUGACGGCGGCUUCAGACGACACCUCAGCCCGGCGUCUGCUUGUUAUGACUUUCCAUUUUUCAAAUAUCUCGAACCCUCUGAAGAGGUUUAAGCCUAACUAAAAAAAAACAAAACAUUUUUUUUCUCCCCCGCUGCCUCGGUUUAUUAAAUUAACCGAGUUUUAGCGUCCGUUUCCCCCGCGCUGUUUUACUGUGCGAAAGUUUUUAACUGGAUGAUUUGAGCUUUCGAAGAUCUUGAAAGGAGACCAGUAACCUCUUCUUUUGGCAGGAAAGCUACUCAAGUAGUACCUGAUGGAGCCCCGACUGACAGACAAUCUGAUGGUUUUCUUCACACUGAUCAUCUUCCUCUCCCAGGGUUCAGCGGAAAUUUACGAGGACUUGAACUUCUGUGGCACCUGGCGCCAUGGCAACGGCCCCCUGAGCCUGAACCUGAACCUUUCCACAGGCUGCGAUGGGAUCUCAAUCUCGGCCAGCAAGAGCUCUCUGUCCAUCGAGGGGCAGAUCACGGCCCUAUGCAGCGAGGCGAAAGAAAUCCUCCUUCAUCCAGCUGGUUCAAAGUUGGAAAGCUACUUCUGUCUGUACUGGGAGCCUCUGCAGGACCAGCUCAAGCUGCAGUUCAGGGAACUCAACUUGACUCUGUGCCCGCCUGCCAGCAUGUGGGGCACCUGCUGCUCUCAACUGUCUAAUGGCCCCAAAUCACAUGAAGCAGCUUAUGGGAUCCUCAAUGGAUCGGUCAAAACAGAUCUCUUCAGCGACAAAGUGCAUGCAGCCUACAAGUUCAAAGGAACGUCCAUCGCCUGCAAUACGUUGCUCAAUGAAGAGAACCAGGGAUCCGCUGAAGUCAUAAUCACUGAAGACAAAGACAAGGGGAGCACCGCUGAGGUCGAGAUGAAGAAGGAUUUCCGAGGCUUCAACAUCACGUCGCCUACUACCACAAGUGGUUCUGCAGAGUCCGCAACCACUGUUCAGAUCCCCCGAGUACUAAAAAAAGUCGCAAAAAGUACCAACAAAGUGUCCUGCACUUUUCUUAAAAACAACUCCAUGUUCCAGGAGGGUCCAGUGGAAGGCAGGAUUCUCAAUGUGGUGGAAAUCACUGUCGGGAACGACACCAUCGAAAACCUGUCUGAACCAAUAAGGAUUAGUUUUCACCAUGAUGUCAUACCUAAAAGGCAUUCAAGGAAAUGUGUUUCAUGGGACACCAAGAAAGAUCCCUCUCAGGUCAAUUGGGUGGACAAAGGAUGUAAGACCCGCGUGAACGGAGGGAAACACACAGAGUGCCUCUGUGACCAUCUGACUUUCUUCACUGUUCUAGUGCAAAUGGAACCUCGUCCAGUGCGCCAUCUCCUGGCGCUGACUGCAAUUACAUCUCUGGGCUGUGCCGUGUCGGUGAUCAGCUGCAUUGCUCUCAUCAUUUUCCUCUACAAGAAGAGUAAGCGGUUUCAGAAGCAGUGCAUCCUGAUCCACCGCGGCUUAGCGAUCUCUCUCGUCCUCCUCAACCUGCUCUUCUUCUUAACUGGGGUCCUGGCCAACGUGGGAGGGGAGUAUCUGUGUACCUGGGUGGGGGCAGGCCUCCACUACGCCCUGCUCAGCUCUUUCAGCUGGAUGGGCAUUGAAGUUUUCCACACCUUCAUGUUGGUUAAAUUGGUUUUAAUCAACUUCCCAAAUCCAAAGCCAUAUGUGUGGAACCUAGUCGGCUUUGCUCUCCCUCUUCUUCCUGUUACGAUCCUGUUUGCAGUCGGUGACAUUUAUGGGCUCAGAGAGGUGGAGCAAAGUGAGGAUGAAUCAGAUCCUUAUAAGAUGUGCUGGCUGAAAAAUAACCCCAGGGCCUUGUCAGCCCACUACUUCACCAUUGCGGUCCUUGCCAUCCUGGUGGUCUCGGGCUUAGUUAUGCUACUCCCGGUCUACAAGCAGAUCCGCACCAGGGUAGAAUGGAGGCAGAACAAAAUGGUUUUGUUCAGCAUCUGGGGCCUCAGCAUCGUCUUUGGGAUAACAUGGGGUCUGACGUUCCUGGACUUUGGACCGCUCUCCGACUUUGUUCUCUUCCUCUUCUGCAUCCUCAACUCUUUUCAAGGGUUUCUGCUGAUGCUGCGGUUCUUCAUUCUGGACCGGAUGAGCAAACGGGCUGGUGGCUCUGCUUUUAGCAGCACCAGCUCAGGAUCUACGAGACAACACAUGCUACAGGCCCAGGAGAAAAGUUAGAUAGACCUUCAUCUCGAUUUACAGAUUCUACAUUUCAAAAAUGUAGAAUCUGUACACGCUGUCUUUAGCAUGGGACUAAAGUAGUGCAUUUGUUGUCUGAGAAAUAUUAACCAAUCACGUAUCAGCAGGCUUUGGUGUAUGCAGGAAAAAUAAAUCCUGGCUCCUACUAGCGGUAGACUGACAACAAUUUACUUAGCCCUCUACAGAGAGUGCUGCUAUCAAUCUGUUCUAGAUCAAAAUGUUCAUCAAACAAUGAAACUGCUUGACGCUGUGUCGCUAAAGCCAAUAAGUGUUGAGAUUUUUCAUGACUUCCUGGAAUGCCUCAGAUAUGAUCGAUCCGACCUCCAUUCAACACAUGAAUGGACAAACAUUGUCUCCUCCUCUUUAGGGACAGAUUUGACAAAAGCUUACAUUUUUACUUAUUGCAAAUCUACAUGAUGAUGCUGUUAUUUCUUCACAAAUUUAAGACCCAUUAGUUGCAAGUAAAAAGUGGCAAGAAAAUGUAUUUCUUUAUUGGUAGAUACCGCUGAAGUAAACCAGAGAGAAGCAUUUGUGUGACUUCCUAUUUCCAGUUGAACUGAGAUGCAUCAGAAACAGAUGAACAGGGUCUCCAAAGGGGCUGUAAUGACCCAAACAAACUAUUGAAUUUACUUUUCAAAUAUAUUUGGAGGGGCAAAUUAUGCUUCAUUUGUGAGCUUAACACACAGUUGCUUCUCAAGUGGACUGUAAACCAGGCAUUGCAUUGAGAAGGAAGUCUUUCAGCACAGACCACUGGCUAACAUCAGAACUCAGAGAAGUUAAUUCAAAGAUGCACAAGUUCUUUUCAGAUGGUAGCCGAAAGGAAGCUGCAGCAGUAGUUAAGCUAAAGUAGACAAUGGUCUUAUCAAAGUGCAUGAUCGAAUGGAGAGGAUGUUGUUCUACUGAUUGUGACUGUUGAGAUUUACUGUUUCAUACACAAUACCUGCGUGGCAGUCCGAGGACUUGGUACUUUAAUUUAAUUAUUAUUCUCUAGAUUAUAAAUCAUCUCAUGAGGAUGGGAAACAAGAUGUUACUGUUUUCAGAGCUACAGAUGGUACUCAAAAGCCUGGAGAUUGUGAUAUUAGUAUGAACAUCUUGCUGGAAGUAUUUGAUCAAUCCUUUCCAAUUUUGCAGUCAGAAGAGGUUAAAAAGAAACUUGAUACUUUGAUUUUUUCUUUCUUGGAGUAAAGAAGAAAAGACACCUUCACUCAGGAAUUUGUAAUACAGGCCAGGAGCCUGUUGAAAAGAAACCUAGACUGGGUCUAGUUAUAGAAGGAUUUAUUUGAGAUUUUAAACUGUAAGCUGGAGAUACAGAUACUGUUGAUUUCCAGACAGGGGAACAGAGAGAUAUGUAUAUGAUAUCAGGUUACUGUGUUGUGAUUUUCAUUACUGUGUCUUUUAAAUAUAUGAAUAUGUAUAUAAUUAUUGAAUCUUUGAGCCUUACUUAAGCUUUUAUAUUUUCCAUUUUUGUACUGUGCAUCAUUUGUUUUAGAGCUAUUGGUGAGUAGCACUUUAGAAUCAUAAAUGUACUUAUAGAACCUCAGCAUGUUGAAUUUUACAUUGUAGAGAUUUCAGGUUAAACUUGUUGCAUUGUAAGAUAGUUGUUGAAUGUUUCAUGACACAAGGAGGACUUUUUCCAGACAAUAUUAAGACCUUUAAUUAAAAAAAAUCAUUUUAGGUCUUUAUCUUCAAAAUGGACCAAAAAGCAUUUCAGUGGUGUUAGUUAAAAGAACUGUACAUUUCAAUGGUCCAAUGUGAUCCAGAUACUUUUUUAAUUUCCUGCUGAUAUAAUUUGAGUGAAGAUGACCAGUCUGUCAUCUGCAGCAGACCCACGUCAGUUUUUCAGUCACUGUGAGAUUUGCACUUUUAUUUUCUAAAGAGAUAUUUUAUGUCCCUGAAAUGAUUUUGUAUAUAUUUGAGUUUUUCCUGUAUGUAUAUAAAUAUUGAAUAAAAAGCCUUUUUUGUUUAUAAAGUA